GUCCCUCUAUUCCCCGUUUCUCUUCUUCUCCUUCCUCUUUCCAGUUCCUCUGCCUUCAAACAACCAUGGUUGUGUUGUCACAGCCAGCAACAUUAGACCAUUGUUCCUUAAUCAAAACAUGCAAGCCCACGGGCGUUUUCACAGGGAUUCCGGUUAUAGACCUUAGGGACGGAGAAGCAAAGACCCUAAUAGUUAAGGCCUGUGAGGAGUUCGGUUUCUUCAAGCUGGUCAAUCAUGGCGUACCGAUUGAGCUGAUGACCAGAUUAGAAACUGAAGCUCUUAGGUUCUUUAACCUCCCACAGUCUGAAAAGGACGAAGCUGGUCCUCCUGCUCCUUUUGGCUAUGGCAACAAGAGAAUUGGGCUAAAUGGUGAUGUUGGAUGGAUCGAAUAUCUCCUCCUCAAUACCAAUCCUCUCGCCUCCCUCAAUACCCCAGAAAAUUUCAGCAGAUAUGCAGUGAAGGAGUACAUCGAAGCAGUGAAGAGGUUAGCAUUUGAAGUGCUUGAAGUAAUGGGUGAUGGGCUGAAGAUUGAGCCGAGGGAUGCACUGAGUGGGCUAAUAAGAGACGAGAAGAGUGACUCGUGUUUCAGGCUAAACCACUACCCACCGUGCUCAGAGCUACAAGCAUUGAGUGGUAGAAAUCUGAUUGGGUUUGGGGAACACACAGACCCUCAAAUAAUCUCAAUCCUAAGAUCCAACAACACGUCCGGCCUCCAAAUAUGUCUCCGAGACAGGACCUGGGUUUCAGUCCCGCCUGAUCAAACCUCCUUCAUCAUCAACGUUGGUGAUGCCUUGCAGGUAUUGAGUAAUGGGAGGUUGAGGAGUGUGAGGCACAGGGUGUUAGCAGGGUCGGUGAAAUCAAGGGUUUCGAUGAUAUAUUUUGGAGGGCCACCGAUGAGUGAGAAGAUAGCGCCUAUACCUUCAUUAAUGGCCAAAGGAGAAGAAAGGUUGUACAAGGAGUUCACAUGGUGGGAGUACAAGAACUCUGCAUCUAAAUCAAGGUUGGGAGAUAACAGGCUUGGGUUGUUUGAGAACAAAACCCAAUGAUGUUUGUCCCACAUUUUACGUUCAAC